CCCUAUUAUGAGUUGCAUUCGAUCUUCGACAACGAUCGAAAAUGCUGGUCGAACGAAUUUGCAUUUGGUAUUACGACGCUCAUUCGUUGAAGAUUAGCGUUAUUGUGAAUUGCAAUCAUUUUGAAUGUUCACGAUAGCAUACAUCUGUCAGAUAAAACUAACAAAUAUUUUAUAAAUAAAGAAAAUAUAAAUAUAAGUUAAAAUAAAAUAUGACUAGGUCUGAGUUGUGGUUUGCCGAUUCUUCAGAGGAGGAUGAAAGCUUACUGGAAUUGGCUAGAAAUAGAAAGAAGCUAAGGGACGCUUCCAAUCCUUUGGAAUUGGAUUCCGCUACAUUUAUAAAAAACUUCCGUUUGUCGAAAGAGGCGUUUGUUGAUUUGCUGUCCGCUACAGAGGAGAUGCUGCAGCGAUGCACACGAGCGAAAUCUAUUCCCAAUAUACUAAAAUUGGCAACAGCUUUACGAUUUUGUGCUCAGGGAUCGUAUCAACUUAGUAUAGGGAAUGAAAACAUGCUUGGACUUGCACAGCCCACGGUGUCUGUGGUACUAUCUGAGGUACUCGAUGCCCUGGAGAAUUUCAUUUGCCAAAGAUGGAUAAAAUUCAAUUAUACCGAGGCUGAAAUGCAAGAAGCAAAAUCACAUUUUUAUAGUAAUACCAGAUUUUCUGGGGACUUUCGGCCUGCAUAAAAUUAACAAAAAUAGUAUAAAUUAAUUAUUUGUUACCAUAAAGCAAUAAAUAAACGCAAAAAACCUACAUUUUCACAAAUUUCCAUUCACUACGCUACGCUGUCGAUAGGUAAAUUCUGUUCGACAGCCAUUUCGAUGCUCAACGAAAAUUUCGACAGGGUUGCAUAGCUCAUAAUACGAAUUUGACAUUCGAUUUUCGAUAGCCAGCGAAUAGCGAAGAUCGAAUGCAACUCAUAAUAGGGGCCUC